UCUUCCGGGUUCUCGUUGACCAAGGUGAGAGUUCACAGGGCAUGCAGAGGUCGUGUUGUGCUUUUUAUGAUUUCCAGCUCGUAUUUUUAGCUAGCUGGGACUCGUGAUGUGAUGGCUUUCCUGAGUUUGUUCAUGAGAAGGCAGCUGCUGCCGUCCGUGUGUCACUUCGCCCGGAUAGUGAAGCUGGUCCGGCCUCCCAGUGCCGGCGCCCCGCUGAGGAGGCUGCACGGCUCGUCGCGGCUGCGGGUCGUAGAGAAGGGACCGUGGGGAAAGAGCCGGGGGCCCGAGCAGCAGCAGCAGCAGCAGCAGUACCACCUCACAGACCUGGACAAGGCGGACGCUUUGAUGCUGAGAAAGUCCCACGAGACAGGAUUCCUCUCGUGGUUCAGGAAUGGCCUGCUGGCGACUGGCAUCGGAGUCAUCGCGUUUGUCCAGAGUGAAGUGGGUCGAGAAGCGGGAUAUGCCUUCUUCAUCCUGGGAGGUGUGUGCGUGUCGUUUGGCGGCGCCUCGUACGUUGGCAGCCUCUUUGCCCUGCGGAGGAUGAUGCUGAUGUCUGUGCCAGCCCUGCUGCUCCAGAGCGCCGUGGUGGGCAGCAUCGCCCUCUUCUGGCUCUGUGCGGUAUCUCUGUACAUCGGCCGCCUGGAGGUGGAGAUCAUCCACGAGGACGAGGAGGAGGGAGAGGAUGAGGAAGAGUGCCGGGAGUGCCGCGAGAGGCGUGAACAACGGGGUUACCGUGACAGCAGACCUCAUGACAGCGAGGACAAGGGGCCGAACAAGUAGACAUGUCGGAUGGGGACUGGAAAUGUGUGUGCAUGUCUUACUUUAAUUCAGGGUUUCCCCCGUGUGUGUGUGUGUGCGUGCGUGUGUGUGUGUGUGUGUGCGUGUGUGUGUGUGUGUGUGUGUGUGUGUUUGCUUGAUGUAAAGAUUUUUUGUAAAGGGGCAGAAAGACUUUUAGACCUUUGGAAAACUGGUCAAAAAAAAAAAAAAAUGCUGAAAUUUUGACAGUUUGACUAAAUUCACUUCUAGUGAAUAAAUUUGCUUUUUCCACUUGAGAUUUCUUAUAUUCAAACAUAUUUAAAGCUGCUUCCCUUACAUUAUCAACCUGUCUGAAAAAUUUAUGCUUAUUCUUUUUUAUUAUUAUUAUUAUUAUUAUUUUACAUCCUCACGUUCACAGGCACACUGCAACAUCUCACUGAGUAUGCAAUCAUUUUUCAUUGGCGUUUCUCAGCCAGCUGUUGGAUGCUGUUCGUCUUAUCUUGUCCUACAUUAUUAACUGUGAUUGAAUACUUGAAGUUUCCACCGAAGUCUUGAAAUAAAACAAGCUGGUUAUGACGUGCUGUGAGAUUUAGAGGUAAUCACCAUCCCGUUUGCAGGUUUCAGGUUUCUCUUUUUUAUUUUAAUUGCAAAUCAGUGAGGGCUUAGAAUAUAUUUUCUACAGAGGUUUAUGUUACUCUGAGAUGUUAUUUUUUAUUUUUGUUUUCUAUGGGCACUCAUGUCGGUUUUUGUUUGUUGUCAUCCUAACUCGAGACUUUGGAGACAGAGUUUUUUUUCACAGCUUUUUCUGUGGUUCUGUAUUUUGCGCUGUAUUGUUGAUAUACAUGUGUACUGCUACAUGUACAUUAUUCCACUUUCGCACCGUCUGUUGAGCGCUGCAACCGCUGUCUUAACGGAUGUAAAGAACAGUUGAUAUUGAUAUUGGGUCUGUGUGUGCAAAUGUGGGUUCACUGUUGUUUGCUUUUCUUUGUGUUGGCACCACUUUCAAUGCACCCUACUGUACACACACAGUAAUAAAGUGAGGAGAAAUCUGUCCAAACAUCA